GGCCGGGGGCUGGCGAGGGAGCCACCGAGGGGCCGGUUGUUCGGCGUCGCUGCGCUCGCUCCUCCCUUUCCGGGAUGUCGGCGAAGAGAAAAGCAGAGGCCAUGAUCCCGGCCGAGGAGAGCGACCAGCUGCUCAUCCGGCCCUUAGGUGCUGGGCAAGAAGUAGGAAGAUCAUGCAUUAUUCUGGAAUUUAAAGGAAGAAAAAUAAUGCUUGAUUGUGGAAUCCACCCUGGCCUAGAAGGAAUGGAUGCCCUACCUUAUAUUGACUUGAUAGAUCCUGCUGAGAUUGAUCUCCUCUUAAUCAGUCAUUUCCAUUUGGAUCACUGUGGCGCUUUACCAUGGUUUCUGCAGAAGACCAGCUUCAAAGGAAGAACAUUUAUGACUCAUGCUACAAAAGCUAUUUACAGGUGGCUUCUUUCAGAUUACGUCAAGGUUAGCAAUAUUUCAGCAGAUGACAUGCUCUACACGGAGACAGAUCUGGAAGAAAGCAUGGACAAAAUUGAAACCAUCAACUUUCAUGAAGUAAAAGAGGUGGCAGGAAUCAAGUUCUGGUGUUACCAUGCGGGCCAUGUCCUGGGAGCAGCCAUGUUUAUGAUUGAAAUAGCUGGUGUGAAGCUUUUAUAUACAGGUGAUUUCUCAAGACAGGAAGACAGACACUUGAUGGCAGCUGAGAUUCCUAAUAUUAAACCUGAUAUUCUUAUCAUUGAAUCCACCUAUGGUACCCAUAUUCAUGAAAAAAGGGAAGAGCGAGAAGCAAGAUUCUGUAACACUGUUCAUGAUAUUGUAAACAGAGGAGGUAGAGGUCUUAUUCCCGUCUUUGCCUUGGGUCGAGCUCAGGAGCUGCUUUUGAUCUUAGAUGAAUACUGGCAGAAUCACCCUGAACUCCAUGACAUCCCAAUAUACUAUGCCUCCUCUUUGGCAAAGAAAUGCAUGGCAGUGUAUCAGACAUAUGUAAAUGCUAUGAAUGACAAGAUCCGCAAGCAAAUCAACAUCAACAAUCCAUUUGUUUUCAAACACAUUAGUAAUCUGAAGAGUAUGGAUCACUUUGAUGACAUUGGCCCGAGUGUUGUUAUGGCUUCCCCAGGUAUGAUGCAGAGUGGCUUAUCCAGAGAAUUGUUUGAGAGCUGGUGUACUGAUAAGAGAAAUGGAGUAAUAAUAGCAGGGUAUUGUGUUGAAGGAACACUUGCCAAGCACAUAAUGUCUGAACCUGAAGAGAUCACAACUAUGUCAGGGCAGAAGCUCCCACUGAAGAUGUCUGUAGACUACAUUUCUUUCUCUGCUCACACGGAUUACCAACAAACCAGCGAGUUUAUCAGGGCACUGAAACCUCCGCAUGUGAUUUUAGUGCAUGGUGAGCAGAACGAAAUGGCCAGAUUGAAAGCAGCAUUGAUACGAGAAUAUGAGGAUAACGAUGAAGUUCACAUAGAAGUUCACAAUCCUAGGAAUACUGAGGCUGUGACAUUAAACUUCAGAGGAGAAAAACUUGCCAAGGUGAUGGGGUUUUUAGCAGAUAAAAAGCCAGAGCAAGGACAGCGAGUUUCAGGGAUCCUGGUUAAAAGAAACUUUAACUAUCACAUCCUUUCUCCAUGUGACCUCUCAAAUUACACUGAUUUGGCUAUGAGCACUGUAACACAGACACAAGCCAUUCCAUAUUCUGGUCCUUUCAAUCUGCUUUAUUACCAGCUCCAGAAACUGACAGGUGAUGUAGAGGAAAUCGAAAUCCAGCAAAAGCCAGCCUUGAAGGUUUUCAAAAAUAUUACUGUGAUCCAGGAACCUGGCAUGGUGGUACUUGAGUGGGUAGCAAAUCCUGCAAAUGAUAUGUAUGCAGACACUGUAACAACAGUGAUCCUGGAAGUUCAGUCAAAUCCCAAAAUACAGAAAGCUGCAGUGCAUAAGAUUGCCAAAAAAGUAGAUAUGGAUGUAUUUAGCAAAAGGAUGGAGAUCAUGCUUCAGGACAUGUUUGGAGAGGACUGUGUUACUGCAAAAGAUGGCUCUGUUCUAAGUGUCACAGUGGAUGGAAAGACUGCAAAUAUUUCAUUGGACACACGGGUAAAUUUACAGGGCUGUUUGAUUACACACAUCUCUUCUUUCAGACUGCUGAAUGUGAGCCAGGAAAUGAAGAUGAUGAAUCCCUUCGAGAAAUGGUGGAGUUGGCUGCACAGAGACUCUAUGAUGCCCUCAGCCCAGUCCAUUGACCUGACUGACCAGUAUAUAUAUAGGAAACACAAGAACAAUCUUUUUAAUACUAGAUUCAUUUUCACCAUUUUCAUAAAAAAAUAAAUAAAACUUGCCUUUAACAAGCCAUAUGUACUUAUUUCCUGACUACAAAACUGCUUAGUUGUCAUUACAGAUGGGCAAUCUGUUAUAGCAACUCCAUUUUGUGUAAUGUAUAUAAUGAGUGAAUAUAUGUACAUAUGAACCCAUUAAUGGGACAUAUGCACAUAAGAGGAGAAAUUUCUUACCCUAAUAUGAUGUAACAGACAACCUAAAAUGAUGAUAAAAAAUAAAUGGAAGGAAUCUUAUAUUUUCAAAGUGUGCCGACUUGUUGGAGGAGGAGUUGAGUUUUCUGCUCCGCUAUAUUAAGAUUUUAUACAGAGUUGUCUUUUUAUUUUUUCUUGCUGUUUUUUAUGGUAAUAGUAUAGUGACUGAUAAACACACCUCUUGCAGUCAUCUGUGCUAAAUUAUCACUUAUCCUUAAAAUGAGAACGUAAGGUGAAGAUCUGAAUAGUAAAUGUUUUCUCAGCUAAUAUGAGAAAUCACAAUAGAUUCCACACAAACCAAGGAUAACUAAGGGCUUGAUUUUCAGAAGUGUUGAGCAUCCACAGCCCCUGUCGAUUUCAGCUGGAGCUGUGUGGUUAACUGGAACUUCUACAAGUCAGGCCUUUAGGCCCCAAUUCAGUAAAGCGCUUAAGUACAGUAUGUACUUGAGUCUGAUAGAUGUGUGGGUUAAGUCCAUGCUUAAGUGCUUAGCAGAAUUAGAGCCUGGAAGGCUACAUGGUGGAAACAGUGAAACUGACUAUAAGGAAGAGGCUGUCAAAUAUACAAACUAACUAUGAGAGAGAUCAUUUUAGCCUAUCACUAUCCAUUAUAAUAGUCUCAGGAGUUAAUAUUGGCCCAGUUCGCUGCAUGUGGGCACACCAGUGUGCCGGCACGGAGCCUCAUUCAAGUCGUUAUAACUGUAGAUGUAGAGUUCUACCUCUGCACAGUGAGUUGUGGGCCUGGAGGCCUAAAGUAGGGGAACAAAAUUCCUAUAGCAAUGUGAUUUUUAAGUCUGUAUUUUUAAAUCACACUGAAAAAUGUUCAGGGAAAGUGUGGGGUUCCUAACACAAGAAUGUAAAGGUAUCUUUGCAUCAUUCAGAAGAAACUUGCCUUUUUUUUUUUUCCAGAGUUGUUUAAAGUGGCAUCAGAGAAUUCUCAGUAGUAAUAUCAACGAAGAACAUUUAUGUGUUAGUGUCUCUCUCAAAAUGAUUGAUUGUCACCAACUAAUUAUAUAAGGAUAAAAAUUAUUCAUAAAGAAAUACUGAUAAAUGCAGUCAGUUUUUUUUAAAAGAAACCUGUGAAAUGUUCUUGUUUUUAAAAUGAUACUGUCAAAUGUUUCAGAUGCAACAUCUGUUUUGCGUUAAAAUGUUUAUAAUCUUAUGGGAAAUAUCCUCGAAUCUAUUUUUACACUCUUUUUUUACUAUCUAUAAUUUUUCUGUAGUGCCCAUCACUGUAGUAUUAAAGUCAUGGAGAAUUUUUUUAAUUUAGCCUCUGUGACAGUGGUAAUAUUGUUUGGCUACUGCAAAGUGAGCAAAAAGUUAAUUAUUCCCAAGAGCUAUGUUGACUGCAUGAAUAACACUUCUAUCUUAAGCAGCAAAUACAAGAGUUUGAGUCAUGUCGGUUUGUUUCAUAAAAACUUCAAGAAGAAAUCACCGUUUAUUCAGUAGAAAAGAGGAGAAUCAUCUCUGGGUAGAAUGUGGUUUUCAUGAACAAAAGAAAUUAAAAAUGGUCUAAAGUA